AUGGCCAUCGACCCGAUCAUAGAGGCCGCCUUCGGGCCACCACCGGAAAACAUCGACCUCGAUCAAAGUCGCGUCAUGACCAACACUGUUAUUGCUACAGUGCUUCUCAUCGUAGCCGCAGUUGCCGUCAUCCUGAGACUAUGGGUCAGGAGGAUCAAAGGGGCUGAGCUCGGACCAGAUGACUGGGCCAUCAUAGCUGGAUUGUUCUUCAAUGCUGGUUCUGCCGGCAUGGUUAUCCCUACAGAUGCGUAUGGGUCCGGGCAACACGUGUGGGCCAUAUCGUCCUUACAGUUGGUGACGGCAGCCAAGAUUCUAUUCUUCUAUACCUUCGUCCUCGGCUUUUGUGUCUCUUUCAACAAGCUAUCGGUCCUUUUAUUUUUCAACCGACUAUUCAGCUUUGGUGGAGCCAAGGGAACCUGCACCGUUGACACAGGGACGUUUUUCUGGACAUAUGGAGCUCUGAAUGCUUUCUUCGACUUCCUGAUACUAUUCUUGCCUAUCCUGUCGAUCUUGCGACUGCAGAUGUCAUCCAAGAAGAAGGCCGCUGUCUGCGGCAUAAUGCUUUUGGGCAGCUUCGUCUGUGUCACUGGUGUCGUUCGAACGUUGUACAUGUACAGAUUUGCCCACUCAGUCGAUAUUACUUGGCUGAUGGGUGAGAUCUGUGUUUGGUCAUCCAUUGAGCCGUCCGUCGGUAUUGUAUCCGCCUGCCUACCUAGCCUUGGGCCCCUUCUCGUCAAGCUUCGAGAAAGAGUGAUGAGCCAGCCCAGCUCCCGUACCUACGUCACUCACGAGUCGCAAGGGAGGCGAGGCGGGCAUUGGGGUCAACGAGGCUCUGCGGGGCUGAACUUCAAGAGCAUCCUCUCUCCUCGGUCCAAAGAAGACGAUGAGAUUCAACUCCACCACAUCUCCCAGACAUCAAGCGACACUGUCCAUCGGUAA